AUGCCGCCAGGAGUAAGUACUGGAGAGUACAUCAGAUUUUUCAUCGCCGCAAUGAUCACUACAUUUGCAGGCGCACAAGUUGUUCAUUCUUAUUACCGGCCCUUGGAUGAUAUGGACCAGUUAGUAGAAGAAGAAAUGAAACGAAGAACUGAACAACUCAAGGAAUCUUGAUUUAUUUUAUAAACAAUUUAAUGUGACGAUAUGUGAAUAAUAGAAUGUUUAAAAUUGUUAUUUAAUAAAUAGACUGAUAAAAAUGUA